AUGGUUCCCGAUUCUGGUGGAGAGAGGGUUCCGUCGAGUGAUACGACCGUCGUGGCAUGUAGAGGCACUCAAGCAUACCCCACUGCCCUUGCAUGGCUGCGCGAGCUGGUACAUCUUGAACUCGUCGAUCUAUCUCAACUAGUCUUAGCCAAGUGGUUAACAGAUUCCAAAUCUGUUCCUCCUGGAUCGUGCAGCGUAAAAGUUCGCAAAGGACAGAAAGCCCAGCGUCCAAUACGUGAAAGACGCGGGAACUACCUUGUGAGGACUGCAAAGCAGUUUAUGUCUGGAACAUUUUCAACCUCUAAUAGGGCAGAGGGUCUGUCACUAGUAGCUGCACUGGUACUUCCGGUCUGCAACAUGAUCGCAUUGGACGUCCCUGCUGGUAACGUGCUGCUGCUUGAGGCACCAGCAUGGGCUUACUGGCGAGGAGGAUGUGGGACUCUUGUGUGGGCGAGUAUGGCCUGGGGAGUAGAGGAGCGAGAAAAGAGACGAUUUAUCAUGUUCUUCAUUCCAGACUCUUCGGCGUGGCGAGUGGUGGUAGCAGAGCAGUUGUUGCGUCCGGUUGAGAACAUGGAUCAAACUGUCAAAGGAUGGGCAACGAAAGAACGCAUCGUGGUGUCAACGUGGUGUUGGCACAACUCUUCACCUGUCGGGAAAGAGGCGAUCCAAACUUCCGAGUCUCUGCACCGUAUCAGUGUAUUCGACGACCACCCUUGA